ACAAUACUAAAUUUCAACUCCUGCCUGCGGUUUGUUAUUUUGACAAGCUUGUUUGAAAUGCUAUGAAGAGAUAAGUUCAACCGUGUUAAUCUUUGGAUUCUAGAAUUUGAAAUGAUGUCAUAUGAAUUGAAAUAUCCUGAUGUCUGGCGUGGUGAAUUCUUAGUCAGGGGUCAGCGAGCUCCCAUGAAGUUGAACUAUGUUGGGGGAAACAUCAAUAUUGCUGUUUCAGCAUUGCCAAAAAGCAAGUCAAAUCCACAUAUUAAAAUCAGCCAACAAGUAACACCUGGCCGUUUUCCAACAUUCAAGACAAAAAAGGCAUGUCUUCUUACUGCAACACCAUUUGGUAGAACACCAAAAGAGAAAAUGGAUCAAGUCAGGAUAUUGAAAAGAACUUUUGGAAAAUAUAUCAAAACUAAAGAUUCAGCUAUUGGAAUGGCAGCUUUGAUAUCAAAUGAACCAGAAAAGACUCCAUACAAAGCUUAUGUCAUCACACCAUCUGAAGUCACCUCGAGAUUAAUUGUUCGUUAUGCACCCGACUGGUAUUACUCCAUUUGUGAUCAGAUGCAUUUCCUUGUAAUAAUUUCUCUCUAAAUUCUAGUCAGUGCCAAUCUGCUGUAAUAUUUGUUUUACAUUCAAGAUCUUAUUUUACUGUACAAAGCUUGUUUAUUUGUACUUCAGCUCAGGGUUAUAAGUUAUAUUUAUUUUAAUCCCCUUUUUUACAUAAUAAAGGCUCAUUUACAGAGA